UGUUUUAACAAGACAACAACAACAACCGGUGUCGAAAUGUCGGAAGCAGUAGUUAUAUCGGCCAGUAGUGAGAGAAAGGUUUUUAGUGGCAUUAAAGGCCCCAGAAGAACUGCCCAUCAGAUUCCUGAUGAGAUUGUGACCAACCCCAGGCUGCAGGCUGCCAUCAAACAGUUGCCUGACAACUAUAACUUUGAAAUACCAAAAACCAUAUGGAGGAUAAAACAAGCGAAUUCCAAAAGAGUGGCAUUGCAAUUCCCUGAAGGACUUCUGCUUUAUGCCUGCACGAUAGCGGAUAUCAUUGAAGAGUUCACCAAUGCAGACACCCUGAUCAUGGGAGACGUGACAUAUGGCGCCUGCUGUGUGGACGACUACUCUGCACGGGCUCUUGGUGCAGAUAUCAUGAUUCACUAUGGGCACAGUUGUCUGGUUCCUAUAGACCGCACAGAGGGCAUACAGAUGCUGUACGUGUUUGUGGACAUUAAGAUUGACAUGGUCCACUUCAUAGAGACGCUGCGACUCAAUUUCACACCUGGGGCAAGUCUGGCCCUUGUCAGCACCAUCCAGUUUGUCACUGCUCUUCAAUCAGUGAGUGAGCACCUGAAGGAGGCUUUCAAGGUCACCCUGCCCCAGAGUAAGCCCCUGUCCCCAGGGGAGAUACUGGGCUGUACAUCCCCCAGGCUGGGGCAAAUAGAUGCAGUCAUAUAUCUUGGUGAUGGACGUUUUCAUCUUGAGUCCAUUAUGAUCCACAACCCUGACAUUCCUGCUUAUAGGUACGAUCCAUACAGCAAGAUAUUCACAAGGGAGUACUAUGACACAGAGAAAAUGCAUGAAACCCGGCGCGACGCCAUAGCGAAGGCCUCAUUUGCCAAGACCAUUGGCAUUAUCCUUGGAACACUGGGUCGGCAAGGAAAUCCUAAAAUUCUGCAGCAUUUGCAAGACAAGAUAACUGACAGUGGCAGAAGCUUUGUUACUGUUCUGCUAUCUGAGAUUUUUCCUGAUAAGUUGGCACUGUUUCAAGACGUGGAUGCGUGGGUACAGAUAGCCUGUCCUCGGCUGUCCAUUGACUGGGGUAUGGCAUUCACCAAGCCACUACUGUCCCCAUAUGAGAUGUCUGUGGCUCUCAAAAGCAUAGACUGGCAGACAGUGUAUCCAAUGGACUUUUACGCCAAUGACAGUCUAGGUGCUUGGACUAAUAACAAUGAAGCUCAUCGACCAGUCAGGGCAAAGAGAAGUAAACCAGUUAUAAUUUCCACCAUGGAAGAUAGUGGCAAAGUUGUAACUAAGGUAGACAAUACCGAAAUUGAUCCAGGAAAAACUGAACCUAAAGUAUGCUGCAGUGCAAGCAAACCUCAGGCAGUGAAUCAUGAUCAGUGCUCCAUUGGUUUAAGUACAGAAAGGACACGUGCGGACCCUGGAAUAUGUGAGGAAACUGCUAGACCUGACGGAAGUGCUGGAGAAAUAUUAUAUUUAGCAGACGCAUGUUGCAAUAAAAGUUAAUUUAUUAAAACAGUUCAGUUAUUAAAACAGUCGUGUUUCUGCUUCACACAACUUGUAGUUCUACAUAUAAAUCAGAAACCAGAAA